GAUCACCGUCUUUUCUACCGCAGCGUAACGAGCGAGAAACGUCCCGACUUCACGGAUUAAUAUCAACCUGAGAGACUUUAUCUUCAUCCGGGCUGUUUAAGUCUUACAAAUCUGCAGCAGAGGAUAAUGUUUCUCCUGCAGUACACCGGGCUCAGCGCUCUGCCCUUUGACCCCACGACCGGCAACGACCCUCUCCACUUCAGCAGCUCCACUGGGCAACUGACUGAGUGUCCUUCCCUGGAAAACACUGCGGAAAGCAGCAAGAAGAGGAAAAGAACUGGUCUGCUUCCAGACGCCAACAUGAACAUGGCUCCUAACUCCAUGAUAAUGCCCAUGUCAGACUCCAGCGUCUGGGCACAAGCCAUGAGCAGCCUGGGGAUGCCUCCACUAAACAUGACGGGACAGCAGCUGAUGCCAGAUUUUGACCCCAGUCUCGGGCUGAUGACUGGAAUUACCCCGAUAAAUCCCAUGAUGACUGGCCUGGGCCUGGCUCCCCCGCCCCUAUCCCAGGAUGCACCAGUUGUCAAGGAGAUCAUCCACUGCAAUAGCUGCACGCUGUUUCCUCCCAACCCCAACCUUCUACCUCCAGCCACGAGGGAACGCCCUCCAGGGUGUAAGACGGUGUUCGUUGGCGGUCUGCCCGAGAACGCCACUGAGCAGCUCAUCGUGGAGGUCUUUGGACAGUGUGGGGAGAUUGCUGCAAUCAGAAAGAGCAAGAAAAACUUCUGCCAUAUUCGAUUUGCUGAGGAGUUCACUGUGGACAAGGCUUUCCUCCUCUCUGGUUACCGUAUCCGCUUGGGCUCCAGCACAGACAAAAAAGACUCGGGCCGCCUCCACGUGGACUUCGCCCAGGCCAGAGAUGACCUGUAUGAGUGGGAGUGUCACCAGCGCAUGUUGGCCAGAGAAGAGAGGCACCGGCGCAAAAUAGAGGAGGAUCUCCUCCGGCCGCCCUCUCCUCCUCUCAUAGUGCACUACUCAGAGCAUGAGAGCAGCCAGCUGGGAGACAAGAUCAAAGAGGACGGCAAGUUUCCUGAAGCAGUGCGUGUGCUGUUGACCUGGCUGGAGAGAGGGGAGGUCAACCGAAGGAACGCCAACAACUUCUACUCCAUGAUCCAGUCGUCCAACGGCCACAUCCGCCGGCUGAUGGGCGAGAAGAGUCAGCACGAGAAGGAGGUGGAAGAGGCCAAAGAGAAGUUCAAGGCUGCGAUGAUCACCAUACUUGGUCAAUUCGAACAGAUUGUGUCUGUAUUCCACGCUGCUUCCAAACAAAAGGCAUGGGACCAUUUCUCCAAACCGCAGCGGAAGAACCUGGAUUUAUGGCGCAUCCAGGUCGAGAAGAUUAGAAACAUGCACAAUGAGCAGCUGAUGGGCAUCAGGGGAGAGGAGGAGAUGGAAAUGUCUGACGAUGAUAUGGUGGACUCCUCGGCUACCAACAGCAAAGACUCUGAGGACUCAGCUGUUUCUCAAGCGGAAGCCUUAAAGGAGGAGAAUGACUCUCUGCGCUGCCAGCUGGACGCCUACAGGAACGAGGUGGAGCUGCUCAAACAGGAACAAGGCAAGAACCAAUCAAACAUCAGCGAGGAGGACAACACACACUCUCAGCAGCUCAGCUUCCUGCAGCAGGCUCUGCAGGGCAUGCAGAAGCAACUGCUGAGAAUGAGAGACGAGCUGAAGGAGCGAGAGGCAGCACUACAGAAGAGUAAAGAAGAAAAACAACAACUCAAGAAGCAAAUCCAUGACCUCAAAUCAGGACUGCACAACCUGCAGCCUACACACACAUCACAGCCGGAGACGUUGAACCAAGAUGACAGAGGGAGUGAACAGAGUGCUAAUCAAGUCAGUGAUGUAACGGCAUCAUCAGUGGUUUCGUGCAGUCAGGACAAGGAAGGUCUUCCAGAGAAGAAUCGACUCAGUCCUGUCAACUCUGAGAGGGAUGCACUUCUCAUCGGGAUCAUUUCAACCUUCCUGCACGUCCACCCGUUUGGAGCCAGUAUCGAGUAUAUCUGUUCCUACCUGCAGCGCUUAAACACCAAGAUUAACGCAGGUGAGGUGGAGGCGCUUCUCUCUCGGCUGCCCUGCACCUUCAGACAGGAGCUGACCGGUGUUGGAGCGAGUCUGGAGAAACGCUGGAACUUCUGCGGCUUCCAGAGCAUCAAGAGCACAUAAACAAACUCUGUUGGUGACACUUCCUCGACGAGAGAGAAACGACAGGCCACCAAGUACACGGAGGAAACUUUAGAAAUGUGGAGGAAGCAAUACAGUAAUGGAGAUGUUGGACUUUACCUGCAAAGACAAGAGCACAAAUUAUCCGCCACACAUCUCAGAUCAUGGGGGGGUGUUUUGUGUAGGUUGCAGAGAGAUAAAUAUGCAGUGGUGGCAAAUAAUUGGCUGCAUCUCUAUGGUGAUCAGGAGAUGAAUAUAUCUCUAUGGUGACGGUUGCAUCAUCUCUCCUUUUUUCUAACCGUGAGAUUCAGCUAAAAGUCCCAUCAGACAUCCAAUCCCAGCGGACUCAUGGGAUAGCUUUUAUUUUUCUACUCCAGCCCACAGUUGGCUCAGUGUACUCUCAGACGUGGACUAAAGGGCUUUACAUGAAGGUCACCAGGGUCAACUGUCGACAUCAAAAGUCUUCUGGCUUCCUUUGUGGCGUCUUUUUUGAUUUUGUACAAUAACUAAAUGUGAAAUAAAUUCUUAGGUACACUUUU